CGGGAAAUUUGUACAAAAUUGGAUCUUGCUCGGUACGGACAGAGAGAUUCAGGCAAGUCUCGCCGAUGUUGCCUCUGAUCACGGGGAGAAGAGAGAGGAGAUCAAUGGCGGGAGGAUCACAGAGAAGGAAACUACUUUUCAGUCUGUUUCUUGCUCUGGUGUUCGGUAUCGCUGUCUAUUUCAGGCUUUGGACAAUCGAUUACACUCUGUCUUCUCAUGACACUGAACGCUUAAGAAAACAGUUUGAUUUAGCCAAUAGAGAAGCAAUGGACGAAUCUGCAGAGUGGCGAAAGAUGUACGAUGAGGAAGCCGAAAAAGCGUCGAGGUGUAACAAUGAACUAGAACAGAUUAAGGAGUCUAUUGGGAGCGGAAACAUCUCUAAAUCUAACCAACAUUUUCAGACACUGCAGAAGGAAAACAUGGCAUUGCUCGAAGAGGUGAAGACAUUGAAACAAGAGCUUGAAGCUUCACGGUUGAAAUGCCGCCCUUCAUGAAUGCUGAACCUGGUUUAAUGCUGUUUCCAGAUCAGAGACUAGCUUCUUGAUCGUAGUUUCUGAAAGUGGUUACUAGAAGUCAGUCGCCUUUGUAUCAUUACUAGAACUCCGGAUUAGUUUUUGUGUUACGACCCGAUUCUUUUUAUGUUCAGUUUU